CAUUAGGAAGUGAAGCAAAGAAACCUGGUACUACUAGUAGUAGUGAAGAAGCCACUCACCGCCGUUGGGUAAUGGCCGGCAAAGCUGGAGCCACUCCGGCGACAUACUCGCCGUCUCCGACCACCGAUAAGAAGAAAACUUCUCUCAUCAAGGAAGAUUGGGUCCGACCCGAUGGCCGCGGCUUCCACCAGUGCAGACCUGCCUUUUUCAGGACUGGUGCUGUGAAUGCUGCAUCAGGAUCUGCUUAUGCUGAGUUUGGAAACACAAAAGUCAUUGUAUCUGUUUUUGGGCCGAGAGAAAGCAAGAAGGCCAUGCUGUACAGUGAUGUAGGGCGUCUGAAUUGCAAUGUCAGCUAUACAACGUUUGCAACUCCAGUUCGUGGACAGGGUUCAGACCACAAAGAUUACUCUGCGAUGCUUGAUAAAGCUUUGGGGGGUGCAAUAAUAUUGGAAUCUUUCCCCAAGACGACUGUGGAUGUUUUUGCACUGGUGCUGGAAUCUGGCGGAAGUAAGCUUAAAUUUUCAUAUUUGGUUUCAUAUGUAAUUCAUCAUGAUAUUGUUUUCUAGGGUUUGAAUUGUAAGGGAAAAAAUGUGCUGCCUGAAUGUAUAUUAGAAGAAAUACAAUAGAAAAGGAAGUCUAAGUUUAUAGUUAUUUUUGUGUUACCUUGUCAUUCAAUGAUUGCUUUGCUUCAAUUGGUGUUGGAAGAGGCAUUUUGCAUUAGCAUAUAUUUGUUUGGUACUUUGGUUAACUACGAGGUGUGAUUCAGUUGGUACUUGGUAGCCUAAGCUACACAGCAGUGAAGUUCACCCGCUAUGCAGGUGUUUGAAUCUCAAUAGACACACCUUGUGGUCAAAGUGACGACAUGGGGCACCUGAGUGGGGACCAUUCCCACACUUUU